AUGGUAGAGGAUUAUCAAACAGCUAACAAUGUUGUGGAAUCAGACUUAACUAAUAUGUUGUUGAAGGACUUGAAUGAACUCUUAAACCUGCAUGGUAAAAAGAUUGAAGAUUAUGAUCUCCCAUAUUUACCCCCUAAUACAAUAGACAGAGGCGUAGUUCCAAGUAUCAUACAAGAGGAGUUAGCAGAAGAUAUCCCCAAUGAAGAUAUUGAAUCUGUUGCUAAGUUAAAUAAUGAUCAAAUGAUUGCAUUCAACACAAUUAUGAAUGUAAUUGUUCAAAAAUAUAGUGGGGUAUUUUUUGUUGAUGGUCCAGGAGGAACAGGUAAAACAUUCCUUUAUAGAACAUUAAUGGAAAUUUUAAGAAGUAGAGGAGAAAUUGUCUUAGCAACUACAUCAUCAGGUAUAGCUGCAACAUUAUUACCCGAUGGUAUGAUUGCACACUCUCGAUAUAAGAUACCUAUUGAUAUUCAACCGAGUUCCAUUUGUGGUAUUCAAAAGCGAAAGGAUCUUGCAAAUCUCAUUAGAGUUGCUGCCGCAAUAAUUUGGGAUGAAGCACCAAUGACAAACAAAAAUUGUUUGGAAGCCUUAGAUCGAUCAUUACAAGACAUUUGUAGCAACAGUGCUCCAUUUGGUGGAAAAGUUCAGAUCAUGGGGGGGGGGGAGAUUUUUGUCAAGUUCUUCCUGUUGUAA